GGUUUCAUGAUGACAACCAUGUCAUGUCUCCGUUUUCAUUUUCUCUUGGUACUCUUACUUUGUUGUGUCUUUGCUUCAAGCUUCUUGAUGAUAAAUGCUCGUGUUGCUGGACUUGCUGCUUGUCGUCCCCACCAGAUCCAAGCUCUCCUGCAUUUCAAGAACGAGUUUGAAUCCGGCGGUUGCAACCGCAGCGAGUACUUUCACGGUGUCCAGUGUGAUAACGCGACUGGUGCGGUCACAGAGCUACAGCUCCCAAGUGGCUGCUUCACUGGAACUCUCAAACCCAACAGUAGCCUCUUCGAGUUGCAUCAUCUUCGUCUCCUCGAUCUCUCUGACAACAACUUAGGUUUUUCCUCAAUUCCUUCCGAGUUUGGCAACUUCAACAAAUUAGAGGUUUUGUCUCUUUCCUCUAAUAGCUUCCAAGGUCAAGUUCCUUCCUCAUUUAGUAACCUAACAUGGUUAACCAAGUUGGAUCUCUCAGAUAACGAGCUCACUGGUAGUUUCCCACUUGUCCAGAAUCUCACCAAGCUCUCCUUUUUAGACCUUUCUUACAAUCACUUCUCUGGAACCAUCCCUUCUUCUCUACUCAUGAUGCCUUUCUUGUCAGGAAGAGCAGAUUGCUUCUUCGCUGCAGAAUCAGUCUUGUUCAAACUUGAUCUAACCCCGCAUAAUUCAGGAGCCUUAGAUCUCUGGUGUUUGUUGAAGGCAAACAGCUAGGGUUUCACUCUCGUUUUUGGAAAGCAAAAUAUGGAAAAGCAAGAGAGAAGAGUCCCAGAUAUUAAAUAUAUAGAGCGUAGAGAGUAGAGACGCAAAAGAACAAAAACAAAAAAGGAAAGAAAAGGAAGUUUCCAUUUUAUUUAACAAACUAACAAAUGUCGACAGAUUCUAUUUUCCAUUUUUCCUGUCAAGUUCCACGAGGGGUAAAUCUGUGAUCGACUAUUUCAACUGAUAUCAUAAGGGUAGUUUCGUCAAUAGAAUUUCAACGAAACA